AUGAUUAAUUCCUACAACCAAAGUCCUGCAGCAUAUUCAUCUAAACAAGGAUCAUCCUGUUCAAUCAUGAAGAUCACUAUAUGGGUUUUUACGUUUUCUGUUCUCGCACAGAUCAUUGGAACAUGCAUAUAUGGUAUUUAUUUUAACAAGAAAUUAGAUAAGAUUGAAGAUGAAAUGGAUUUACAUGAGGAUUAUUUGUUCCUGAGAAAAAUACAGAAAUGUAUGAAAGGAGGAAACAUAGACUCCACAUUACUGAACUGCAAGGAGGUUAUAGCUAAAUUCCGCAACCUAAUCUCUGAGGUGACGCAGCUUGAUCAACCUGCAGAAACACAUGAAAAACUUACAGAUAGAAGAGAAAUUCCAAUUCCUGCACCUGGAAUAGGAGAUGAAUCCAAAACAUCAAGUAAAGUUCCUGCAGUUGCUGUACAUCUAGUGGGAGACAAACUCAAUAGCAACAAAGAAGGUCUUCACUGGCAGCAGAAAGGCUAUUUAUCCAUGCUAAAUCAAGUAUCUUAUAUAAAUGGCAAACUACGAGUGGAUACACCUGGGGUUUACUAUGUGUACUCACAAGUUAGUUUUUGUGUGAACGCCACACAGUUUCGGGAUGCUCCAUUUGUCCAGUACAUCUAUCUGAGAAGACCACAUGAAAAGGAAAGGCUUUUACUGAAAGGAGCAAACUCAUACAUUUCACAGACUGCAAAUUGCGCAUUGCACUCAGCGCAACUAGGAGCUGUAUUUACGCUGAAGAAAAAUGAUCUUAUAUAUGUCAGUGUGACAGACCCAUCCUGCGUCAGUUACAGUCCCGAAUUUACGUACUUUGGUAUGUUCAAGCUCGGAGACUCUUCUUGAUCUGUAAAUGAUAACUUAAUCUAUUGCAUUUGUAUUUUGACACAGAAAAACAUCAGUCUGGUGCUUCAACAGUCUAUUCCCAGAGAAAAGCACAUCUCCAAUGCUUUGGUUCAUGGGAUGUUUCACAAUUUUGGACCAAUAGCUCUGUUUUUGGCAAA